AUGGGAAAACAAGAUCUUGAUCAACAUAAAGCAAUGCCGAUUGCCACCUCCACGCCUAAUGAUGUCGAGCAUGGCGACGCACACGACUUAUCUCACCGCCUAAAGUCCUUCUACGCGCAUCCGUGGACGCAAAUCAUGUUGAUCAGUAUUAUUUGUUUCUGCUGCCCAGGAAUGUACAAUGCCUUAGGUGGUUUGGGUGGCAGCGGUCAGGUUGAUUCUACCGUCGCGGCCAACGCCACCGUUGCCCUGCUGUCCUGCACGGCAGGAACCGCCCUGUUCAUCGUCGGCCCGCUCUUUUCCUAUGUCGGUCCUCGUCUGUGCCUCUUACUGGGUGGGUGGACAUACGCACUUUACAGCGGUAGUCUCUUGAAUUUCAAUCACCAUGCAAACGGCGCCUUUGUCAUCGCAUCCGGAGCUAUUCUCGGUGUCGGUGCCUCGCUCUUGUGGGUAGUCCAGGGUGCAAUCAUGACGACGUACGUGCCGGAAUCACAGAAAGGACGUGCCAUCGCCACAUUUUGGAUCAUCUUCAACCUAGGUGGCGGCGUAGGUGCGCUGGCAAGUUUCGGACUCAACUUUCACUCGAAGUCUGGAACCGUAUCCGACUCUACCUACAUCGCUUUGAUGGUCAUCAUGCUCUUCGGUUGGGCCUUAGGUGUAUUCAUCUGUUCGCCCAACCAUGUCGCCCUGACUCAGGUCCAUCUCGUCAUGGAAAAUGAGGGAAAAUACUCUCUCAAGGCCGCCGUCAAGAUCGCUGCCCAGACCAUUUGCUCCUGGCGUGUCCUCUGCAUGCUGCCUCUGUUCUUUUGCGCCAAUGUCUUUUAUUCGUACCAGCAAAAUGACGUCAACGGUUUGACAUUCAAUAUUCGCUCUCGCUCACUGAACAGCGCAUUGUACUGGAUAGCCCAGAUGCUCGGCGGUCUCAUCAUAGGGGUGCUGCUGGAUCUACCUUUCUUGAGUCGACCAAACCGUGCUCGCCUUGGCUGGGUUUUCCUCGUCGUCACUGGUAUGGCCAUCUGGGGCGGGGGCUAUGCAUUCCAGAAAUGGGAGGACCGUCGGCUAGCGGCAGGGCUCAAGCAGGACAUCGACUAUACCCAAGGGUCUAUUUCGACAGGACCGAUAUUCCUGUACAUCUUCUACGGCAUGUACGACGCCUUCUGGCAAGGGUACUGUUAUUGGCUGAUUGGCACCGAGUCGAAUUUGAGUUCGAGAGCAGCCGUUCUGGUGGGUGCAUACAAGACGUUCCAAUCUACUGGUGGUGCUAUGGCCUGGAGGAUCAAUGCGCUUAAGAAGACGCCAAUGACCCAACUGGCGAUGAACUGGGGGCUAUCGAUGGGCGCAUUGGUGGUUGUACUACCGGCUAUCUGGACAGUGACAACGACGCUGGAAGGACCUGUCCAAGACCAUGAAUUGGAAACGAGAGUCCCAGAAGAAAUCGAUCUAGAUCGAAAGUGA